AAUGGAGAACCAUAUCCAUCAGUUGUUCAUCAAAUCAACCUAGUACAACAUGAAACUCUUUGUCCUCGCCGCUUUCUUGGCCGUCGCUGCCGCUGUUCCAUCCAGCUACAAGCCGGAAUACAAGGCGCCCAGCUACCCAGCUCCGAGCUACCCAGCACCAAAGUACCCCGCACCAGCCUACUCCGCACCAGCCUACAACAAGGAUAACAAAUACGCUGACAUCACCGUCACCAGCCAAUCUGAUGAGCGCAACAUCGAUGGCAGCAGCCAGUGGAGCUAUGCCCAGUCUGACUACACCACCCGCGAAGAGUCCCAGGCCCAGAAGAAGAUGCAAGGAGUCACCUACGAUUCUUAUGGAAAAGAAUCCUACGGUGAAGUCCUUGGCAACACUAACAAAGGAUCAUCCUACUGGAUCUCCCCCGAAGGCGAGAAAUUCACUUUGACCUGGGCUGCUGAUGAGGCUGGUUUCGCCCCUAAGGGUGAACACUUGCCCGUUGCUCCCGUCCAUGUCUACGAACUCCCAGUCGCUCCCGUCCAUGAAUAUGAGCUCCCAGUUGCUCCCGUUCACAUCCCCUUCAACGGAAAGGGUUAUAAGAUCUAUUAGAAUUCCCGACACAUGAUUGAAUAUUUAAAAACAUGUCCUAUA